AUGCGUACCAACUAUAUCUUCUCGGCUUUUGCCCUAGCUCUUCCCGUAUACUCGCUUGGCCCCACAGCUAGUAUGGGCUGUUACUCCGCCAUCGAAUCGUUCCAGAACCAGGGUCCCUACACCUAUCAAUCACCAGGACAUUGCCAGGCCCAAUGCGCCGAUAAAAAUUUCAAGGUCGCUGCUCUGAGCCGAGGCAACAUGUGCUACUGCGGCAACAAAAUUCCCUCCGAGUCCGUCAAGGUCGACGACGAUAAAUGCGAUAUCGCCUGCACCGGAUGGGCUGCAGGAAGCUGCGGUGGGAAGGAUACCUUCAACAUAAUUCAGGCGGCUGAGGACUUACAACCCUCUCCUUCCGAGAAUGCCUCCACUACUAUUGCACCAACUGCUGCUACCGCAGCUGGCGGAAUCGUUGUCGCCGCCUCGGCAGCUCGCGCACCUAUUGGCAUCGUGACCACGGCCUCGGCCAUAAGCUCUAAGAGUGGUAGCGCCGUGUCCAUGUCUGCUACUGCCUCCGUCGCCGUUCCAACUGCCUCUCCCACGCCCACGAACAACGCUGCUGGAACAGUCCGCGCGGGAUCAUCGUUGCUCGGCGCUGCCAUUGCGGGUAUCGGUUUGCUUCUGUGA